GGGAGAAUUCCAGUGGGCUCUGCAGAAGGGAUUAGCAUUCACUUGUCCUCUCUUUCUUUAGGUAUACUCCGCCAGCUAAGCAAUGGAUUUCUGUGAGUGAAACAAGGCAAAAUGAGUAGUGAGCUUGAUUUUAAAAAGAUUACACCAAGUCAGAAAUUCAUCAUGGGUGACCUCCAGAGACUUCUUAACCAAGGAGAAUAUGCUCUUUUUGCCUCUGUUCCCAUGUUUGAAAGCAGGUUUGUUCAGAUUAACCAAAGAGGGGAACUGAUUAAUCUCCAUAAUCGACCAACCUGCGUGACCAUCGGCGUCUGUGCUGCCAGUUCACCAAUGCCCAGUGGAAUGCUGCUAGCACACAAGGUGCCUGUGUCCCCACAGGAAAUAAUGGCAAAUCUCCAGAAAUUCUCAGAGCAUCCAUCCCAAGUGGAACAGCUAGCGCUUAGCAGGUUCUUACCCUUGAAGUUUGUAGAACUCUCUGUUCACAGCACAGAUAAGAAACAACUCAUGUUAAAAUUAGUAAAUGGCCGUUCCUAUUAUCUAGAGCUCUGUGCUCCACCAGACCAACAACAGCAACUAUUCCACCACUGGUUGAAGCUAAUCUCUCUCCUGAAACGUCCAGAAGAUACUAGCAAUACCAACGUCAACAUAAUAUGUAAGGAUUCUGGCACAAAUCAUGAGAAAGCUCCCAGCCCCAACAACCCACCAGACAACAGCAACAACUCGCAAAACAUGCCUAACACCAAAACAGAGGAAGAAACUGUUACUGAACAAACCUCCUCCAACCAGGUUCCCCACUCAGGUAGCGUAGGUCCCACAGAAAAGAGUGGAAGGGGAAGGGCAACCUUCAGCAGCUCCCAGGAAGCAAUCAGGCUAGACGCCACCAUGCAAUCAAAGAAUAAAGAUCCUCUGGAUACAGUAAACAGCAGAAGCAAAGAAAGAAGGAAAAGCAGGACAGACAAAAUGAAGCCAAAAAAAGAGAAAACAUCGCAACCUUCAGCACAGAAGUAUUAUCUAUGACUUACUUCAUAUCAAGAUAAGCUGCAUUGUGUUUCUCUUCACUGACUGAAGACACAGAUACAAACCUUUAUCUGUAAAAAGCAAGAUCAGUCUCAGAACAACAUACUGUGCUAGCAGACUCUUGUACCCUAACCUGUGGUAACUUUGACAGUCUUCAAAGGGACAAAACAGACUGCUGCACCAUGCAAACGGUACUGUUCAGCCUCAGUUCACUGGAACACAGUCUAAAGUGCUCUCAAUCAGUGCUGCAAAUAUGUAACUUCAGAGUAUCAAUUUUUCCAGAUUACAACACUGGGAAGAUGGUUGAAUUGUUGCAUAGCAAAUGCAAUAAAAAAUACUAUUGAUCACUGAAUCUGAAGCAAGGAAAAAUAAAUCAGCAUGGACACUUGCUGGGUUACAUACCAAAACAGUCUUGCACUGAGCUGAUUCAGAAGAUUGGUAUGCAGUAUUGGCUCAAGAUGCUAAUGCAGGCUAUCAGCUCCUCUGAAAGAAAAAUAACUGCUGGGUGAAUGACAGUCACUGAAGAUCCUGCAAGCAGUAGAGCUAUCAAGCCUAAUAUGUUUGACUACACUUUUUAGGAAAUACUGCAAAAUAAAGUGGCACC